UUCAAACGCCUGUCAGUUCAUUCUCACAUUACAAGAGUUUCUGUCGUGCGCUGAGGAAAUCUCCAUCGAGAUAUAACGGUGGAAUAAAUCAAUGGGAGUUCAAAAAAACCUGAUUUUGGAAGCGGCGACGAGAGUUUGUCAAAGGCAAAGUUGUAUUGACUACUCUUGGAGUUCAUAUUCGCUAAAACGACAGAUGAACCUCAUCUAGAUGACCUUCCUGUGGUACGGUAUGGAAGACCACACCAGUUGGUCUUUCCUGUAGGAUGGUGGCGCACAGUACAGUGGAAGGGAAUCAAGGCACAGAAGAACCCCAAGUGAGCACAGAACCCUCCCCAGCGGUCUCCCAAUCCCAAAGGUCCAGACCCAGCCAGCAGGCAGCCAUUUUACAGACACAUUUCAGACCCUUCAACUUUGAGAGAGACUUCAAGAUCAUCGCAAAGACCACCUCAAUGCUAGAGGAGAGUGGCUUCUAUUGGGGUCCCAUGACUGUAGAGGAGGCACAUCAGAAGCUGAAGAAAGAGCCAGUCGGAACUUUCCUGAUCCGGGACAGUCGGCAGAGCGACGUGUUCUUUACGCUGAGUUACAAAGGACAACACGGUCCCGUGAGCGUCCGGAUUAACUUCAAGAAUUCCAAGUUCAGCCUGACCGGCAGCAAGGAAUCUUUUGACUCUCUUUUCAAACUGCUGGAACACUACAUCAGUUCCCCGAAGAAGGGUCUCAUCAGGCCCUACAGGAAAGAACCAGUGCAGACCCUGCAGCAGCUGUGCCGCAGACGGAUUAUCGAAACAUGCGACGGAAAAGACAUCGACCGCAUCCCUGUGCACCCAAUCCUCAAAGACUUCCUCCAUGCUUUCCCUCAUCCGCUAUGAAGACGAUACUCAUUGCAUUAAAGCGCUGCUGGAUUAUUCUGGAGAUACUUGAUGGACUCCUCAUGGUCCUGCUCUGUUUUAGGACGCAGGAAUCAUACUGUAGCACAUUUUGGAAUAUCAUCAGACUUGAACACUGCACAAAGUUUACAUUGUCUGUGAAUGUUUACACUAUACAGGAAUAUUGUUUUCCUUUGAUUACAUUUCUGCUAUGCAGAAAGAAAUAUUUCAAGAUAAUUUUUAUAAAAAAUAAUAAAUAUAUUUGUAAACAAUUUAAAA